AUGUCUUCUGCAAUAUACUUGCCACUCUACUUGCUCCUUGGCCUGGUGGCUCUCGCCACCUCAGCUCUUGCUGAUUACUACAAACCUCCCAAACAUGAGCAUAAGCCACCUGCUCCCAUUUACAAGUCCCCUCCACUCGUGAAGCCACCACCGGUGUACAGCCGUCCUCCAUUUAAGUAUCCACCACCAGUGCACAAGCCUCCUCCACUUAAGAAGCCACCAACUUACAAACCUCCUAUAGUGGUACGACCACCGCCUUAUAAAAAGAAGCCACCAGUACCACCUUAUGGACACUACCCAGGACACCCUCCGGUGGAAAAUGUCGAAAUCCCAUACAAGCCGGUGAAGCCACCACGAAAGGUGUUUCCUCUGCCGCCGCCGCUACCAUAUAAGAAUCCACCGAUAUCCCCCAGAAAGAAGCCCCCACACUACAAGCCACCCUACUACAAGCCGCCCUACAAGCCCCCACCACCUGUCCAUCCAAACUGA